UGGCUGGCGGCAUCUGGUCCAACCCAUCUCCAGUGAGUCCUGCCCCUCUUCUCAGCUGCACACUGAAGAUUUGAGUUCCAUCCAUGCAGUAGCAGCGUAAGAUUGGGUAAACACUUUUUUUUUUUUUUUUUCACAUGCAAGAGACCAACUAGACCGCCAAGGUGUUUCCCAAUCUGUCCCCCAGUUUAGUCGGGAGAGGGGGGCAACGAGGGAGAUGAUCGACCUGAGCUUCCUGACCGAGGAGGAGCGAGGCAUCAUCAUGACCGUGCUGAGGAGGGACGCCCAACUCAAGCUGGCCGAGGAGCGGAGAAUCAGGAAACUGGAGAGCAUCCCGAGCCAAGGUUCAGACUCCAAGUUGAAGUACCUGACCGGCCAGUGGUUCUAUGAGGCGAAGUCUCGCAGACACACUGACAAAAUCCAUGGCUCCGAAAUCAUCCUGGCCUCCAUGAAACGUAGGAGCCCUUCAGAAGAAUCUAUUGGAGCCAGAACGCCAAAAGCAGCCAGCAGUCCGCGGUCCGGCAUGGAGGCUCCACAGAAACCUGCCAGAUGUUUGGACAUGGCACGGGAUCCAAAUUACGUAAAGAAUGAAGAUCUCCCAUCAGCAGUGCAUUCUCCAAGAAUGCCAAGACACAACCCUUUUAAUCGGGCUUCCCUCAUUAUUGUUGAGCCAUCUGAAAAGCACUCUGAGACAGAGCCAACAUAUCCCUUGAAGUAUCAGCAACCGGGCGGAAGCAGUCAAACAUCAGGGACCUCCAUGGCAUCUGAAGGCUCUUCUGCAAGUGUCAGGCCCAUCCCUAAAAAGAGGACAUUUAUCUCAAGGCAGACCCCCACCCUGUCGGACGGCAGUAGUGUAGACAUGGAGCCUCAAGCGGUCUUGGCUGGGGUCGCCCCUGACCUAAGACAGAGCCGUCAUCAGUGCUCGAGUGGAAGCUCCAACCGAUCCAAGAGUGAAGCAGCGGUGUUGGCCCAUCAUUCUGCUUCUUCAGAGAUUCCCCAGCAGCUCCUGCAUGAUGACUCUCGGAAAUUAUCACAUUCCAGUCUAGAGGGAGACAGACAGGCAUCUUCCAUGAUAGCAGACAAAUUUUCUGGAGGUGACAUAUUAUUUGACAGAGAGACAGCACAGAUGACCGAAGAGAAUACCAACCCAGGAGAGCAUUUAACAGCAGGAAGUAUUCUGGAUUAUGAUCCAGUGAUUGGCGGCAGUGUGAUGUCAUCAGUGAUGGAGCCAGAAUGGCAAAGAACUGCAGGUGGAGACCCUCCAAUAUCUUAUGAUAUCAACUUUAUCGAGUCAUCCGAUCAGAAGACACAAAAGAGAGGCCAACAGAAACACUCUUUUAAGUUGACCAACCAGACCUCCAGUCCCACUGGCAAUGAUGAAAACUCCAUCGCAAAAGUGCUGGACUGGUUCAACCGCAGCACCGACAGUAGCGACUGGAUGAACGGGAAAGAUGGGCUGGAGGUCUCAAGGAAUCCAGAGAAACACCAUGAGCUGAAAGCGCAGGAUAAUGAGGAGCUCUUAAAAAAAGAUGUAGAAAGUAUUCAGGAAAAGGGAUCAGUUGAGAUGAUGAUUGGUCAGUCAGAAGGAAGUGCCAGUGAGGUGGCAAGAAAUGAGAAAAAUGAUGACCGUGACAGCAACAAGAUUGCCCAAAUGAAAUCAGUUUGGGAGAACAGCAACCAAUACCCCAAAACCAUUCCACCCGUGGUACCUGGAAACAAAGCAGAGACCAGAGAAGGAAACGAUAAGACAUCAAAUGUUCACUCUCCCGUAUUCAAUGGAAAAAUAACCUGUGAUGCAAUUGGAACCCAUGAAAGUCAGCAUGUUAAACUGAAACAUGACCAAGAGCUAGACAGUUUCUACUUGGGAAACUCUGCAUACCCUAAUAGUUUGACUAGUCAUCCUCAAGUAGCUGAAAGAAAAAAUACAGACGUUGAGCUAUUAUUUGUUGAGCACCUAGCGCCAAAGUCACCUUUGCAAACCUGUCAGAGUCUAAAGUGCUCUCUUUAG